AUGUCGUCGUGGUACUCGUCAUUUCCGGCACAUAUCCAGCCGGGAGGUAAGUCAGCAGCCAGGGUUAUUGAAGAUUUACUGAGGUAUUCGCCAUUAACGUUUCCUUUGGAGCCAAUUGCUCUGGCAAGAGGAGUCAAUGGUGCUAAGCCAAGUGUUCAGCGACUUAAUUCCAUCUGUUACUUGAAGGAUGCACCUGACCCAGUGGUUAGUGAUUCUAUUGAUGGAACGAAACAGGUGUGGUACCUGAUUCUCGCCAAUACUAGAGACCACUUAGAAUUGCAUAUAACAGCUCCCCGAAGUCACGGAACGGCCAGUGGACCACAACAGGAGUCGUCUAAUGAAUCUGGAGUGAGCCCAGAUCCAGAACGAGAGUUCGACUCUGAGGGCGAUACUGCCUUGAAUUCCAGUGUUGAUCCAGUAGACACAAGUGAUGGUGAUCAGACUGCACCACCGGCUAGUUCAGCUUGGCAGAAGCCCCUACCUGGAGUGGGUAAACCUCCACCACCUCCUAAGAGACCUAGUUUAGAGUCCAUUCUUGAUACACCCCAUUUUCACGACUUUCAUCUAAUUAUUGACGACAAUAGAAUGGAUAUAAUAGACGAGGAUCCUCGAACCGAGAUUUACAAGUUUGUAUGUUCGGUAACUUCAAUUGAGCUUACAAUAAUCGUGCGACCGCCUGAGUUUGACGAUGAGGAUAUAUCCCAGUUUACCCCCCAGAAAAUUAGAGAGCGAUUCGAAAGAUAUCGACAUCAGAAGCCUUCAGCAACGGUUCCAACCGACUACGUGUGUUUUAAUACCUUGUACAACAUUAUAUUCAAGCCAUUAGACUCGGAAGAACCCAAGGAGAUCAUGUUCAACAAUCCGACUUUGAACAUGCGGGUCGACCCCUCUAUUCUAUGUCGACGAUUGCACUUUUCACGGGAUGAACAAAGAGAGGCAUAUGUGCCGCCGAAUCUGCACGACUUUUCCAACCCAGAAACGGCAUCUCUUCGUCAAAAAAUGUCCCGCAUGUUACUAGAGGCUAGUUUGCUCACAUAUCAAGCAAUUUCGCAUUCCGGUACUAAGCAAAAGUAUAGUCAUGAGCUUGAGAAUGCUGUUCCUCAUCUGCUCAAGGCUCUUGGAUGCAGCUCAUACCCCACCGGACCACCUUCUUCUUAUCCUAAUAGUGCUUUAUCAGUUAGCGAGUUUUCUCAUUAUAUAGCAUUAGGUACGGUGGAGAACUUCAGCGAUGAACUGAUCUGGGAGAGGUACAACCAACAGGUGCUGCAUGAUGAGAAAUUCACCUACUUGUAUCUUGACUCAUUGAGAGGAAUUGCUCAGGUGCGUCAAAGCGAGGAUCUAGAAAUUCGCGUCAUGGAGCUUUACUCGAUGGGGAUUCCAACAGUUAAUGAUGCUCAACAAGCAUACAGAACUUUUAAUCUAGACAUGGAUGAAGCUUGUUAUUCGACGUCGUAUAUCUCCGAAGAGAUCUUGAUCGAUACGUACAAGCAAAUGGUAAAAGAACGCCCCAGUUCGAAGGCAACGCUACGAGGAGCCCUAGACACUAUAGUGAAAACGACGCGCCAGUCGCUUGAGAAGGUGAAGAGAGUGCUUGAAAUUGACGAGAUGGAUGUGGUUGAAGCCUUUAAACUCUUGGAAAUCCCCACCGAGGAAGGUAUUGAGAACAUUGCGAUCGAUUCUAUUAAAGUCUCGUUUGAGUUAAAGGCUUACAACAUGGGUGAAGAGAACGAUCAGCAGCUCAAGUUAGCAUUAUUUACUAUUGCCAAGGCACGAGAGUCGUUUGAAUUACUUAAUUACUACGAGUCAUUGACCUUUGGAAGCCUGCCAGACAUAGAUCUCGAGAAUGCUUGCGCACUUUUAGGCAUUGAUACUUCUCUGCGAGAUGAGAAGAGCAUUAUUACAAUUUUCCAGAUUCGAUUGAAAGAUACUCCAGAUGAAGUGCUUGAACUUCGACAGGCAUUAAGGAGAAUUGGUGAAAGCUUUGAUAGCCAAGUUAUUCCAAAUUAUCUUGCGACUGGAAAUGCUUCAGCGGCCGCAGUACCUGAUGAAUCCGAUGCACAUGGCGGUAUAUGGCCAGUGGGAUUAAACAACAUUGGAAACACAUGUUAUUUAAACUCAUUGCUGCAGUACUAUUUCACAAUCAAUCCUCUUCGAGAAGCGGUAAGAACCUUUGUAGAGUCACCAAACAAAGAGAAUCUGGCAUCAAUCAACUUGGAGAAGAAAAAGGUAGGCGGUCGUAAUGUGCCUGCUUGGGAGGUCAAGAGAGCGCAAGAGUUUGUCUGUUUGCUUUCCGAUUUGUUUUCUGAAAUGAUUACGACCAAAGAUAAACAUGUUUCGCCAACCAGGGACCUGGCUUAUUUGGCUCUUGUACCUGCACGAGACGAGCAAGAAGAUGAAAAUGCUAUUGAGAUAACUGCUGAAAAUAGUGUUUCCAAGGCCGAUGACAAUACUCCGCAUAUUACAGUCCAUGACGCUGUUGAGGAAGAGGCCCCUGAUGUGAUGAUAAUUUCCUCUGACUCUGAUGCCGAAACUGAUAUCGAAGAGGUGCAAAUGAAACCGAGAACUACCCGCUCGUCGUCUUCCAGUUUGGAUCAGUUGGAGGAUUUUGAUACUAGCUCAAGUGAAACCGAAGCUAUUGAAACGCCUUCUGGCUCGUCUGCAAGCUCGGAUGCUAAUAAGGAAAACGAAAAGCCCAAGCGAAACAACUCAUCAGAUGAUCUACGAAGUCUUAAGAAAAAGGUUUCUAGGACCCUAGACGAGGAAACUUUACCCAGGGCCACUGUUCAUGUUCUCGGCAAGCCUAAUGAACAAGAAGUUGAAACAGCCCGAGCCGCUCAAGAAGGCACCGCUGUAACAGCCGACCACACUGACGCUCCACUUAUUGUCGUAUCUGGGGAUCAUGAGACUCCUGGAACCGUAGACACAGGUCACCUCACUAGUAAAUUCAAAACAGCGCCAAUAGUGGAUGUUGUCGAGGUAGACAGUGCUUCUUUAACACCAGCACCAGCCAGCAGUCCAGGUGAAGAGAAGAACCGAAGAAUCGACUCAGCCCUCUUUGGCAGACAGCAGGAUGUUACUGAGUGUAUUGAGAAUGUGUUGUUCCAAAUUGAAGCUGCUUUUAAACCAACAGCAUACGAAGAGGACGGUGAACAAGUGGACAUCAUUAAGGAGUUAUUCUAUGGCAAAACUAAACAAGUUCUUGAAGCAGAGGCUGAUGGCAAGAAUCGACGACAAAAAACAGAACGAUUCUCAAGCUUGCUAGUAGAUGUUGCCGAAGGAUCUCGAGAUAUUUAUGAAGCACUAGAUUCAUACUUUGGAGAAGACAUUGUAGAGCUCGAGUCUGUACCAACGAGGAGAUCAGUGACUAUUUCUCAGCUACCACCUAUUCUUCAAGUACAAAUUCAGCGAGUUCAGUUUGAUCGGGUGUUAGGCCGACCAUUCAAGUCGCUGGCACUCCUGAAAUUUGAUGAGACUAUUUAUAUGGAUAGAUAUCUAGAUAUGGAUGAUCCUGAAUUGCAUGCUAAGAGGCGCGAAGUGUUUGCCUGGAGAAUGGAAAUAUCUGAUCUCAAAAAACAAUUACGGGAGCUGAAUAGCAGAAAGGUAAGUGGACAAGAGAACCUCCAACAGAGGAACAAAAACUAA